AUGCCUACCACCGUCAAGAUCCUUGGGAAGCCCAUUGGCCCAAUAGGCUACGGUUUGAUGGGCUUAACCUGGCGACCCUCUCCACAACCAGCCAGCGAAAGCUUCAAGGCCAUGGAGACGGCACUGUCGCAAGGAGCCAACUUCUGGAACGGCGGCGAACUCUACGGAAAACCCGAGCGACACUCUUGCCACUUGCUGAACGAGUACUUCAAACUCCAUCCGGAAGAUGCAGAUAAGGUCGUGCUCAGCAUCAAAGGUGGACUUGUCCCCGGCCAGCUGAAGCCCGAUGGAUCUGCCGCAAACAUACGCCGCAGCGUGGAAGACUGCCUGAAGGUUCUUGAUGGCACCAAAAGCAUCGACAUUUUUGAAUGUGCCCGGCUCGACCAUAACGUCCCGCUUGAAGAGACUAUCGGCGCCCUCGCGCAGCUCGUCAAGGAGGGCAAAAUCGGCGGCAUCGGCCUAUCGGAGGUCAAGGCGAGCACCAUCGAGAAGGCACACGCCAUCCACCCGAUCGCCGCGGUGGAGGUGGAAGUGUCGCUGUGGACGACGGACAUCCUCCGCAACGGCGUCGCUGCGACGUGCGCCAAACUUGACAUCCCCAUCGUGGCCUACAGCCCGCUCAGCCGUGGCGCGCUGGCUGGUGACACAAUCCGCCGGCACGCCGACAUCCCCGAGGGCGACAUCCGCAAGCACAUGCCGCGGUUCCAGGACGACGUGCUGGAGUACAACAACCAGAUCGUGGACGAGGUGCAGCGGCUCGCGGAGAAGAAGGGCGUGACUAAGGCCCAGGUCGCCAUCGCCUGGGUGCGUAGCCUGAGCGGCCGCACCAUCACCACGGAAAACGGCGAGCAGAUCACGCUGGGCACCAUCAUCCCCAUCCCCGGCGCCACCAAGCCGGAGAGGAUCGUCGAGAACACCACGAUUGUGGACCUGUCUGACGACGAGAUGAAGGAGAUUGCGGAAAUCUUGAAGCGCAAUCCCGUCAAGGGACACCGUUACCCGGAGCAGGGCAGGGCUCAUCUCGACAUGUAA